GGCAUUUUAAUUUGUUUGCACUUUCAAUUUGUUCUGCCUAUCGAUUCAUCAGUCUUCAUAGAUCUCGAAUUACUGGAUGCUUCUUUCAAUAUUCAAAUAUAAAAUUAUGGCUUGCAGUUUGUUGCAUCUUCCAGAUACCUCACUGCUGUUCCAGCUAACGAAUUGAGAUUUGUGAUAUUUUAAUACAUUUUUUGGAACCCUGAACUGGAUGUUUCUUUGAAAUGUCAAGUAUUAACUGAUGAAGAACCGUAAAGUUUAGCGGCCGGUAUUAUUGGUCUCUUUCAGGUGCUGCAAUCUAUCGUGUGCAGUUAUAUCAACGUAGUAUUGCAGUAAAUAUUUCGCUUAGUAAUCGAGGAGAUAUUUGGUCAUUUUCUGGUAGGGUGGUCACACAGAAGGUAAUGUUCGAUAGGCAAAUCACUACUGCUUCAAGUACUGUACGAAGGAUAUGUAGCAGUUCUAAUUCAGAAGAUUUCUCCGAAGAUAAUUGUGGCGAUGAGGGGCAUGCUCCGUUAUUAAACGGUCUUCUGUCAUCAGCCGAUAAUGCCAUUAAAAUCGAUCUCAAUCUCUCCGAUGUUAUCGUUCAGACAUCAAGCAGUUCUGUUGAUAAAUUUCCAAAGGAGCGUUGUAAAGCUGCCAUAUCACUGGGUUUGCUGAUGACAGCAGCGGUAUGUAAUGAUCUCGUUUUAUCGUUCAUCCAUGAAAAAGUACCACAGGAACCGCCCUUGCCGGAUGCUGUAUUCGCUCAUACGCCUUACAUUCCAUGGGCAUUAACAGUGUCCGAAUAUCUUAUGCUUGCCUCAUUCACAUGUAUGCUUGCAUUAACUGUCAUACACAGGCACCGCUGGAUUAUACUUAGAAGAAUCGCGGUUAUCGGGUCAUUGUUAUAUUUUGGGCGUUGCCUAACGAUGCUCGUGACACAAGUACCUAUUGCAGAUCCUAAUUAUUAUUGCUCACCACGUCUAAGUGGCGCUGACUAUACUCUAACGAAUAUAGUUCUCAGAGCGAUGCGAAUUGUAAGUGGUGCUGGUUUGAUGAUCAACGGAAAGCAUACACUUUGCGGUGAUUACAUCUAUAGCGGCCAUACAAUUGUCCUUGUCACUAGCUGCUUAUUUAUCACAGAAUACAGUCCGCGACGUUGGAAAUCACUACAUUUCUUUUCAAUAAUGGUCUCAGCUGCUGGUGUUGUGUUGCUACUAAUAUCGCGUGCUCAUUACACAAUUGAUGUUAUCAUAUCAUACUGGAUAUCCACGCGGGUUUUUUGGACUUAUCAUACACUGGCUGCCUUCCCAAGUCUUCGAAAUGUCAGCUCUCACUAUAAUCACUUAUCAAAAUUUUAUUGGUAUCGAUUGUUUUUAUUCAUGGAGGGAAAUUUGCACAGGCCUGUACCAAGAAGGUUUGACUGGCCGUUUCGUCGGAUGCGGUUUGGUACGCAUCUACUUGCAAUUUGCAAAACAAAUUUAUCCUAA